AAAAACCAGUUUAUUAUUUAAUCAAGCAUUUAUUACGUCCGUAUCAUUUCCAUUCUCUUUCAACCCUUUGUGCUUUAUUUCAUCUACUGUACUUCUCUUAGUACGCAAAAAAAUCAAAAAAUCAAAAAAAACCAAUUUUCAUUAAAUUGGGUAAGUUUUUCCUUUUUCUCUUUAAACUUUUCCGCUUUAAUUUCUUCUCCUUCGAUUUAUCAUUAUUUGUCAAACACCCUCACCCUCACAUUUUAGAAUUAUUCAUUUUGUUCUUCUCUCGUGUUCUUUCCUUCCCAUACGUAAAACUUAACCUGGAAAUUUAUGGUAAAGUUAUCGGUUCUACACCCACUCUCACUCUCCCCAGCAAAUAUGAAAUAUUUGUUGCUUAAAUUCACAGAUUCUUGAAAUUCCUGAAAUUAGAAGAUUAAAUUUAAAUUAAAGCAAAUAUUUGAUAUCUCAAGUUAAUGGUUGCUUAUUUACUGUAGAAUCGAUAACUUCACCAUAAAUUUGCAGGUUAAGUUUUACGCAAUGAAGAAAGACCACAGGUGAAGAACAAACUCACUCUAGAAUAUUUGUCUACAGUUAUGACAGUUACAGUACUUCGAAGAUAUCUCAGUCAUUUUUCAAGCGAGAAGUUUCGGAUUGAUUUCAAAAAAUAGAUAAAUGUUUUUUCUAUGUCGUGAUGUCGUUGGAUUUUUCAAUUUAACUUUUAGUUUAGAAGAAACUUAAAAAGUUUCUGAAAAGUUAGAGAAAUUUUAUUGACUUUUCGGAAAUCGUUUAAAUUUCUCCUGUACCAAAGUUAAAUUGAAAAAUCCAACGACGUCACGACAUAGAAAAAACAUUUAUCUAUUUUUUGAAACCAACUCGAAAUUUCUAGCUCGAUAAAUGACGGCGGAAGCUUGAAAGUACAAGACCAUACUUUUUCAUCACUAAUUUAAGGAUAACUCUGGGAAAACAAGUGAUAAGAGGCUUAAAUUACUAGAAUCACUAAGUUACCUCAAGGUACACAUUGUCUGAGAUUUUCAUCAAGACGGAAUGUACCUGGACAAAAUGGAUUUAGGCGUUUAUGAAAAGUUGAACUUUUUCGUUAGUUAAUUGCCAGUUAAGGUUCUAAUUUAAUUUUUCUUUUAGCUUUAAUCGACAAAAAUACUUUCAAAAACAACAAUAUUCAUAUUUUCUAUAGAAAACGAUGAAAAUGCACUAUUUUCAGAGAUAUAUAAAUUCAUAAAUUUUACAUAUCUCAAACGCGUAUGAACGUGUCUAGACUGAAACAUCUGGACGCAUUCAAACGCAAAUAUUCAUGCGGGAAUGACACCGUUAGAAUCUGUUGAAAUUCGUUUUUGUUCUGUUGUUGGAUAAACGAUUGUGCGUCUGUUUCGAAUUCACAUCUUGUUGUGAAUGGCUAUAGCAGGUGCAUGGAUAUCUAUUUGUGGUGAAAAAAGGGUGUUUUGUGGCAAUGUAAUUGCUGCGUUAGUAUAGUUGAGUUCAUAUUAAUUCAGUUAUAAACGUAGUUUGCCCCUUCUGACAAUGUUUUCCGUGUUUUCAGGCAAAACUUACGUAGCUAUUUGUGAUUACAAUGCACGUACAGACGUAGAGCUGACGUUUCGAGUAGGAGAAAUACUUAUUGUGUUCGAUGACAGGUACGGCAUUGAAUUAGUACGUUUUCUUUUUGAGUUUCUAUGUGUUUAUUUUCAUGUUUAGCCAAGAAGAUCGUUGGCCGGCAAAAUAUUGCCAAACGGGUUUGAAAGGUUAUAUUCCAGCUGUUUGUGUAGCGCCGUACGGUGGAUUAGAUGUCAAUGUUUGGUUUCACAAUAAUGUGAUUAGACGAGAAGCCGAACGACUAUUGUUAAAUCCAAUUAAUCCACGAGGAUGUUUUCUAGUUAGAAAUUCAGAAAAAAUGUAUGCACACACAGAAAAUGUCGAUGGUCUAUGUUGUCAGUUAACUGUUGCUUGUCCUCGACCAACACUGACUACAUGUACAAUAUCAAAGGAUAUUUGGGAAGUACCAAGAAAUAGUUUACAAUUUAUUAGAAAAUUAGGGCAAGGAGAUUUUGGAGAAGUAUGGGAAGGUAAAUGGAAUCGAACGAUUGAUGUAGCUAUAAAAACGAUAAAAGAAGGUACAGUGUCUAGGCAAACAUUCGUUGACGAAGCAGUUAUAAUAAAAAAAUUACGCCACGAUAAAUUAGUUCAGUUGUAUGCAGUAUGCACCGAGCCCGAUGAUCAACCCAUUUAUAUAGUCACAGAAUUUAUGUCAAAUGGAAAUUUACUCGAUUAUUUACGUGAUAGCAACGCUCGUGAUUUACCACUACGGACUUUAGUUGACAUGGCGGCACAGAUUGCUGCUGGAAUGGCAUAUCUUGAACAUGAACACUAUAUUCAUCGUGAUCUAGCAGCGAGAAAUGUAUUAGUGGGAGAUAAUAACGUGUGCAAAAUUGCUAAUUUUAGACUAGCCAAAAUCAUCAACGAAGAUUCAUAUGUGGCUGGAGCAGGUGCUAAAUUUUGUACGAAAUGGACAGCGCCUGAAGCAGCUAUCUAUGGAAAAUUCACUGUUAAAAGUGAUGUAUGGUCAUAUGGAAUUUUGCUUUAUGAACUAGUUACACGUGGACAAGUACCAUACCCAGGUAUGGCAAAUCGUGAAGUUUUAGAUCAAAUUCAACGUGGUUACCGUAUGCCACGUAGUGAAUCUUGCCCCGAGAAAAUUUAUGAAUAUAUGCUACGAUGCUGGCAUUCAAAUGCCGAUAAUCGACCUACCUUUGAACAUUUAUACGUGUUUUUUGAUGAUUUUACAGCGUCAUCUGGUCCUCAACAUAGUGCAUAA